AAAAUUGAAUGACGUUUAAUUGCAGCGAUGCGCCAGUAUGACGGCGGCGACCGGUCGCCCGCUCCGGGAGGGCGUACCCUCUUUGGGCAGCAACGGGGCGGACGAGCGGAGAAGGUAGAGGAAGACGAAGUGUAUGUGCCCAAGAACCAGCUGGCACCGCCGUCACCCAGUGGUAUCCUGGCUCGCAAGAAGUCGACAACAUCUAGUGGGCAUCAUCCGGUCUCCGGUGAUAUUCUCCUGCGCAUGACGUACGAGCGCUGCACCCUGACAUUACAAGUGCUGAGAGCGCGCAAUCUGAAAGCGGCCGAUAAAACUGGGUUCUCCGACCCUUACUGCAAGAUUCUCGUGGUGCCUGGACGAGCGGAGUACAAGUAUCGCACGCGGCACAUCCAACAGAAUCUGAAUCCGGAAUGGAAGGAGACCUUCACGUUCCAGGGCAUCGAUCCCAACGAGAUCCACCACAAGAAAAUCGAGAUCACGGUAUGGGAUUGGGAUCGACUGUCGGCGGAUGAUUUCCUCGGCGAGGUCAUCGUGGAUCUCACCGGUAUACAAAACUGUUCACCUAAAAUUAUAACAAACCAAGCAGGCACUGAUAAAUGCACUAUGCACGCGUGGAUACAUGACAUUUUUAUCGAAGUGGCUAUUUUACCCCAGUCUUUGUGGCAAAAUAGCUUUUGGCUAUUUUGCCCAGUAUGCGGGGCAAAAUAGGCUUUUGCUAUUUUGCCCCACACUGCGCUCAAAUAGUCUUCAGCUAUUUUGCCCCAGUAUGGGCGGCCGAAUAGCCGUGUACUAUUCGGCCGCAUUAUGUAUUUUCAUCCAGACGUUGUGUUCGAAUAGCGUGAUGUAUUGCGAGGUCUCGCGAAUUGUCCUUGCAGUGGUCGUACUACGAGUCUACGACCGUCAAGUAACCGACCAAAACGUCCGGACGACCAAGACGUCCGGCGGACGUUUUGGUCGUUAAACUGACCAAACCGUCCGGGGGCCAAAAAAACGUCCGCCGUAAAUUUUGCCAACCCAAAAUUUUAUU